GGGUGUCAGGCCCCAGGAAACCCCGCCUCGAGCGGGCCCGGCCUCUCUGCCCAAGCCCAGCCUCUGACCCUCGGAACGACCCUCUCUGCUGAGCUGUCACACCAGCCACUCUGCGGCCCGCACUUCUGCUGGAGCUGAAGGCAACGACAUGGCGGCCAACAAGCCCGAGAACCUGUCCCUGGUGGUUCAUGGACCCGGCGACCUGCGCCUGGAGAACUAUCCUAUCCCUGAACCAGGUCAAAAUGAGGUGUUGCUGAAGAUGCAUUCAGUUGGAAUCUGUGGCUCAGAUGUCCACUAUUGGCAACACGGUCGAAUUGGGGAUUUUAUUGUGAAAAAGCCAAUGGUGCUGGGGCAUGAAGCUUCAGGAACUGUCGUAAAAGUGGGAUCUUCAGUCAAGCACCUAAAACCAGGCGAUCGAGUUGCCAUUGAGCCUGGUGCUCCCCGAGAAACAGACGAAUUCUGCAAGAUAGGCCGGUACAAUCUGUCACCCUCCAUCUUCUUCUGUGCCACACCACCUGAUGAUGGGAACCUCUGCCGCUUCUACAAGCACAAUGCAGACUUCUGCUACAAGCUUCCUGACAACGUCACCUUUGAGGAAGGCGCCCUGAUUGAGCCGCUGUCUGUGGGGAUUCAUGCCUGCCGGCGAGCUGGAAUCACCCUGGGACACCAGGUCCUUGUGUGCGGAGCUGGACCAAUUGGAUUGGUUACAUUGCUUGUGGCAAAGGCAAUGGGAGCAUCUAAGGUGGUGGUGACAGAUUUGUCUUCCUCGCGUUUAUCUAAAGCCAAGGAAGUUGGGGCUGAUUUCGUCCUCCAGAUUUCCAAGGAGAGUCCUCAGGAAAUUGCCAGCAAAGUGGAAGGUCUGCUAGGAUGCAAACCGGAAGUCACCAUUGAGUGCACUGGAGCGGAGCCUGCCAUCCAGGCAGGCAUCUACGCCACUCGUUCUGGUGGGACACUGGUGCUUGUGGGGCUGGGUGCUGAGAUGAUCCAGGUGCCCCUGGUGUAUGCAGCCAUCCGGGAGGUGGACAUCAAAGGUGUAUUUCGAUAUUGUAACACGUGGCCGACAGCGAUUUCGAUGCUUGCAUCCAAGUCUGUGAAUGUAAAGCCCUUAGUCACACAUAGGUUUCCUCUGGAAAAAGCUCUGGAGGCUUUUGAAACAUCUAGAAAGGGGUUAGGGGUAAAAGUGAUGCUCAAAUGUGACCCCAGUGACCAGAAUCCCUGAAGUGAUUGGGCUUUGUCCUCAUCCUCACCCUCUCAGCACCUUGGCAACUGAAUAGCUGGGCUUUGCCAUAGAAAUUUAUUCUGAGUAGUAAGUAGUAAGGCUAAUUAAAUUAAUUCAUUAAUAAACAGAAAUCCUUGCAAAGAGUGACUGACCAUACCUUAAAAUACACAGUGGGAAUGAUUUUGGAGAAACUUAAAAUGAACUGUUCAUGCUGACCAAAGUUCAGCAAGUAUAA